CCUCUUAUUGUAGGUUGGGCAAAAAUGCUGAAGGUACCGGAGCACCAGGUGGCGGGGCACAAGGCCAAGGACGGAGUCCUGGGCCCUCUGGUGGAUGACACGGGAAGAUUCUACAAGCCUCUCCAAAACGAGGACCGCGGCUCCAGGGAGCUGUCGUUUUACUCCUCUCUCUCCUCCCACCCAAGCAUCCCCCUGCCCUUCUUCCCCGCCUUCCACGGCACCAAAGUGGUGGAGGCCUCCGACGGCUCCGGCCCCCACCCCCACCUGGUCCUGGAGGACCUCCUCCGCGGCUACGCCUCCGUCAUGGACGUGAAGAUCGGCUCCCGCACCUGGCACCUCGGAGACUCCGAGGACUACAUCGCUAAGUGCCUGGCGAAGGACCGAGAGUCCUCCACCAUUCCCCUUGCCUUCAGAAUCUCCGGCGUCAAGGACGCCCUCUCCGCCUGGGAGCCCCCCCGCAAGUCCCUCCAGAGCCUCUCCGCCCACGGCGCCCUUUUCAUUCUCAGGAAGUUCGUCUCCUCCAACGCUCACCUCCACCAUUCCCCUUGCCUGCGGCGUGUAACUAGAAUCAUAGAAUCAUGA